AUUUUGCCCUGAUCUCGUUGAUCAACACCACCCCAACUUCAUCGCGACAGUAACACUACUUCCCAAGACACAACCUCACACAGAUCUCAAGAUGGAUUCCCUUCGCAGUGCUCUCCAACCUAUCACGCACAGCCUCCCCGCUCCCAUCCACGACCUCGGCGUCUCUAUCCUCGGCGAGACAUGCUACAAAACCCUCCUCCUCGAUAUCGACCUCUCCUCCACCGACUGCAUCAAGCUUGCCAUCUCCAAAGGCCUCGGAAUUGGCAUCAUCGCCGCUUCCACCAUCGUCAAGGUUCCGCAAAUCCUCAAGCUCAUCAACUCUAAGUCCUCCGAGGGCAUCUCCUUCCUCUCCUACCUCCUCGAGACCUCCGCGUACCUGAUCUCACUAGCAUAUAAUGUGCGCCAAGGAUUCCCGUUCAGUACUUAUGGCGAGACGAGCUUGAUUAUGGCGCAGAACGUAGUGAUUGCGGUGUUGGUUCUGCAUUACAGCGGCAAGCAGAGCGCGGCUGCGUUGUUCGUUGCGGGGCUGGCAACGAGUGCGGCAACGCUGUUUACGGAGGGGGUUCUGGAUAUGAAAACGCUCUCGUAUCUCCAGGCUGGUGCGGGCGUGUUGGGUAUUGCGAGCAAGGUCCCGCAGAUUGCGGCUGUUUGGCAGGAGGGCGGAACUGGACAGUUGAGCGCGUUCGCGGUGUUCAACUACCUCGCUGGUUCCCUCUCGAGAAUCUUCACAACGUUGCAGGAGGUUAAUGAUAAAUUGAUCUUGUACGGAUUUAUUGCGGGCUUUGCGCUCAAUGCGGUCUUGGCUGCGCAGAUGGUAUACUAUUGGAAUGCGCCGACGAAGAAGUCUACGAAGGGAAAGCAGAAGGAGAAGGUUGUUGUUCCGGCUCCCACCGGCUCUACGACUGCUACGCCGAAGGGAAAGAAUCCAACGACCCGCAGACGUGGAUAGUUGGACUUCCGCGUGGUAGACUUCAGUUUUUUGUUUCUCGACUCCUGCAGUAUGCGGUCGCAGUCUGGUAAUUUAAUGCGCAUUCAAGGAU